AUGGCUUCCAAAAACAGAAGUAGAACACAACUUAAGCCACCCAUGCAUUUCAUGUUGCCACAUGAGAUUUUCCACAUCACAAAACCAGCACACCAAUGGUACGAACAUAUGGAUAAUCAUGAUUACGAUGAUGAUUAUUAUGACGAUGAUGAUGAGGAGGAUUAUGAUGGUGAUGGUGAUGAGGAUGACGAUGACAGAGUUUGCUCACUGCUUGUGCAAGAUGAAAUUGAUCAACAUGAGUUUGACAGCCCCGAAAGUGAUAAUUAUACUCUGUCUCUGGAUGGUUCAAAUCCAACCCUUCAUCAAGAUCAUGAUCAAGAUGAUGAUUAUGAUGAGGGCUAUUUGACAAAGUCAUUGUCGUCCCCACCAAGAUCUGCAUCAUAUUUUGACUGCAACAUGUGCAUGAAAAUGGCAAGAGAGCCAGUUGUGACCUGUUGUGGGCAUUUAUAUUGCUGGCCUUGUUUGUACAGUUUGUUGAGUCAAAGGGAGUGUCUUGUUUACAAGAGUAAAGUGUUUGAUUCUUUGAUCACUCCUAUUUACAACAACAAACCUCAACUCCGGCUUCAAUGUGCCACCAAGACCAAGGAGGCUUUUUCGUCUAUCUUGAAGAUUUCAAUUAAUUUAGCCCAGAUUGUAUUUUGGAGUGUCGGACACGCUGACACGGUGACACGGCUCCGACACGCCCUCAACACGCAUUGGACAUGGUCAACGGUUGGGAAACGGUCAAUACACGGCUCCGACACGGUUAAGACACAGCUCUGA